CCUCGCCUCCCAGAGAAGGGCAGCCAUGGAUGAGAUGGAGGAAGAGUUGAAAUGCCCCGUGUGCGGCUCUUUUUUCCGGGAGCCCAUCAUCCUGCCGUGCACACACAACAUUUGCCUGGCGUGCGCCCGGAAUAUUCUCGUGCAGACCCCCGACGCGGAGUCCCCGCAGAGCAGCCGAGCCUCCGGAUCCGGCGUCUCUGACUAUGACUACCUGGAUUUGGAUAAAAUGAGUUUGUACAGCGAGGCGGACAGUGGAUACGGUUCCUACGGGGGCUUCGUCAGCGCUCCGACCACCCCGUGUCAAAAAUCACCAAACGGGGUGCGGGUUUUCCCCCCGUCGGUGCCCCAGCCUCCUCCGCAGCAGCAGCAGCAGCAGCAGCAGCAGCACCUGCUGCUGCAUCCCGGCUCUCUGCCCCCGAUCCCCCGCAACUCCUGCAUCACUUGCCCGCAGUGUCACCGCAGCCUCAUCCUGGACGAGCGGGGGCUCCGCGGAUUCGCCAAGAACAGGGUGCUGGAGGGGGUCGUGGACCGGUACCAGCAGAGCAAGGCGGCCGCACUCAAGUGCCAGCUGUGCGAGAAGAGUCCCAAGGAGGCCACGGUGAUGUGCGAGCAGUGCGACGUCUUCUACUGCGACCCGUGCCGCCUCCGGUGCCAUCCCCCCCGCGGUCCCCUCGCCAAGCAUCGCCUGGUGCCGCCAGCGCAGGGGCGGAUAAGUCGGCGCGCGAGUCCCCGCAAAACCUCCACGUGCACAGAGCACGAACUGGAGAAUCUAAGCAUGUACUGUGUGCAGUGUAAGAUGCCUGUGUGUUAUCAGUGUCUGGAGGAGGGCAAACACGGCACACACGAAGUCAAAGCUCUGGGCGCCAUGUGGAAACUGCACAAGGGUCAGCUGUCUCAAGCUCUCACUGGCCUGUCGGACCGAGCCACUGAGGCCAAAGAGUUCCUGGUUCAGCUGAGAAACAUGGUGCAGCACAUCCAGCCUUUGCCUGUUGUCUUGCAGGAGAACGGCGUGGAGUUCGAGGCCUGUUUGGUGGCGCAGUGCGACGCCCUCAUCGACGCCCUGAACCGACGCAAGGCCCAGCUGCUGUCUCGAGUAAACAAAGAGCACGAACACAAACUGAAGGUGGUUCGGGAUCAGAUCUCCCACUGUACAGUGAAGCUGCGUCAGACCACGGGGUUGAUGGAGUACUGUCUGGAGGUCAUCAAGGAGAACGACCCCAGUGGUUUCCUGCAGAUCUCCGACGCUUUGAUCCGGAGGGUCCACAUGACAGAGGGCCAGUGGGGGAAGGGAACCCUCACCCCCAGGAUGACCAGCGACUUUGACCUCACUCUGGACAGCGGACCCCUCCUGCAGACGAUCCACCAGCUGGACUUUGUCCAGAUGAAAGUCCCAGCUGCUCCCAUGCUCCAGCUGGAGGAAUGCUGCACGCAGAACAACAGCGCCACGUUGUCAUGGAAACAGCCGCCGCUCUCCACCAUCGCCGUGGACGGAUACAUCCUGGAGCUGGACGAUGGAAACAUGGGGCUUUUCAGGGAAGUGUACGUGGGGACGGAGACCAUCUGCACGGUGGACGGGCUCCACUUCAACAGCAUGUACAAGUCCAGAGUGAAGGCCUUCAACGCCAGCGGAGUGGGCCAGUACAGCAAGACCCUGAUCAUGCAGACCUCCGAGAUCGCUUGGUUCACCUUUGACCCGGCCUCCGCUCACCCUGACAUCAUCCUCUCCAACGACAACCUGACGGUGUCCUGCAACAGCUACGACGACAGGGUGGUCAUGGGUAACUCCGCCUUCUCCCGCGGCGUCCAUUACUGGGAAAUGACCGUCGACCGCUACGACAACCACCCGGACCCGGCCUUCGGGAUCGCUCGGGCCGACGUGCUGAAGGACGUGAUGCUGGGGAAGGACGACAAGGCCUGGGCCAUGUACGUGGACAACAACCGCUCCUGGUUCAUGCACAACAACUCGCACACCAACAGGACGGACGGCGGCAUCGGGAAAGGAGCCACGAUAGGAAUCCUACUGGACUUCACACGCAGGAUCCUCAUCUUCCUCAUCAAUGACGAGCAGCAGGGUCCGGUGGCUUUUGAGGCCUUGGAGGGCGUCUAUUACCCCGCUAUCAGCCUCAACCGAAAUGUCCAGAUUACAUUGCACACUGGGCUACCCAUCCCUGAUUUCUACACCACCGGGGAGGCGGAUCCCACUGGCUCAGAGUGCUAAGGACUCACACGGCGGCCGGGGACAACCUCCCCAGGAUCUCCCAGGGUUCAUUCAUCCUUCCAGUCAAUAACUAUGAUCCGACCUUCACCCUCCUCUCCCCCACCUCCUCUUGUCCCCCUGACCGACUGACCCUACGACUCCCUGUAAGAGGCCCCCAUCCAGAUGCUGAGCCAUGCCUUUAUCACGCCGAAACCUUGGACACGUCACCCAUCUGCAGGACACAAACAGGCCUUUGCUUUACGAGCUGUACCUUGUAUUUUGACCUGUUACGGAUAGUCGAAGAAGGUGAAACUCUAUAGAAAAAUAAUCUCACACUCGUAGACCUGGAACUUUGAGCAGUGGUAAUAUCUGCUUGAAGCUAUAGUUUUGACAUUUCGCCUGAAAACGAACACACACUCUCGUGUUUGUUAAAUGUGAUGCUACCGUUAGUCAGUUAGCUUAGCAUAAAGACUGGAAACCGGGGGAAACGGUUAGCAUGGCUUUGUCUAAAACUCACUUCUGGAAAUAUGAAAUCUCAUUCGUUGAACCCGUCCAAACACUGAAGUGUAAAAAAACGACAUGUUGUGGGUUUUAGGGCACAAACAAUAAUCACAUAACAGCCCAUAAAACCACAACGUCUUGUUUUUACAUUCACAUUUCAAACCAAACAAGAUAUAAUGUUUUAAUGCGUUAGAGAUGCUGGCAGAUGGAUUUUAUUACCUUUGGAGAAACCUUUCGUGUCGCAGUCGUUUAGCUGAGCUAAGCUAACUGCCUGUUAGCUAUAGCUUCAUAUUGAGCACACAGCCAUAAACCAGAAAAUAAGCAUAUUUCUAAACAUAUUCAACUAUUCCUUUAAAGAAGGGAGGUUUUUUGUGUGUGAAUGAAUUGAGUUAGAGAAAGUAGUCCCAAUCACACCAUCAACAUACAGCUCAGUACAUCUUUUCUUCAUUAUUUUUCUCCAUAAUAUCCUGUAUGUUGCUUUUCCCCGCCAUCCUCCAUGAACAUUCCCACACAUGUGAAACACCAGAGUGUGUCGUGAGAGGUCGUCUCCCGUGUGUGUGCGUGACCGCGUGUGAGCUGGAGGUGGAGGUGGAGGUGGAGGUGGUCCAGGCUGGUCAGCAGCGAUGAGCCCUGGACGAGAGCAAUAGUCGGACCCUCCGUAGUCGUAUCCUCAUCCGUGUACAUGAGACGCUUUUCUUAGUGGCUUAGCUCGUGUGCUCCUUCUGUGUCGUCUGUAAAAAAAGAAACAUGGAGCCUUUCCAAGGCAGGAGGGAUGGAUUUUCGUUGGUGUAAUGUAUCAUAAACAUGGGCGAUUCUGUGCGUUGAAGUGUCUUUGUAAAUGGUUUCAAGACGAUGACUGUGUGAAGCUCUUUGAAUAAGGUGCUACAGCGGCUUCGCUUCAUUCUGGCUUUUUUUUUUUACUGUGGGUGACUGAAUCCUGGUGGUUUUGUAAUAUUGUUAUUGAAAUGAUCUAUUGCGAAGAGGUGUAUAGCUAAAUAAGUUAUUGGUGUUCAGAGGUUUUUUUUUUCAAUGAGAAUUCAGCAUUGUUCCUUUUAUUUGAUGUAUAGUUAUGACGGAAGGAAAGAAAUCUUUUGUGUCGCUUUAAAAAUGCAGUUUGUUGUCAGACCAGUUUACAUCCCACUAAAGCAACAGGAAAGGUGAUGCUGUACUGGGAUGUUGCGCAACAACUCAGCCAUGCACGCAGCUCUGUGAUGCUGUACUUUUGGCUCCGCAGCGCUUUGAGCGAAACGCUUACAUGAUGACGUUUAGAAGUAUAAUGUUUACGAUGUUCAUCAUUUUAGUUUGGCACGUUAAAUAUGCUCAUAUUUGCCAAUUUGCGUUGGACAAAAAGUACAGCUGAGGUUGUUUCGAUUGUCUUUAGUUUUGCAGGUAUUUUUUUAUCAUAAAUCAACGUAUUGAAAGUGAAUGAAAUUUAUCCCCAAAGUUAUUACAAUGCGCGUACCAAAUUUCACGGCAAUCCAACAGUUGUUGAGACAUUUCACUCAAAACCACAAAUGUGACCCUCAUGGUGGCGCUGGAGGAUCACCAAAGCCAUGAGGAAUCAUCCUCUGAGGACCACGAACGUCGGUUCAACAUGUUUAGCCGAUCAAGCAAGUGGUUGUUGAGAUAUUUCUCAGGAUGCGUGACAACUUUGACCUGAAGAAAAGGAUUCAUCCGUGAUCGCCAUUACAAAAAUAAUCAUGUCAAUUCAUUAAAUAGUUGUCACUAAAAACCAAAAAUGUGGAGAAGAAAUCAGAGAUUCAUCCUCUGGGCACCAUGAAUGUCGGACAAAAGUCUGAGCAAUCGAUCCAAUAGUUGUUGAGAUAUUUCAGUCUGGACCAACGUGUCCCCAGAGACGAGCAGCAGGGCUACUACUGAGGUCAAAUGUUGAGAGGUCAGUUUGAGGGAACUGUUGCCCUUCAAGUUGCCCGGAAAUGUUUCCCCCGUGCAUGGUCUCCCUGGGAAGUCCCGUACAUGGUCUCCCUGGGAAGUAUCGUACAUGGUCUCCCUGGGAGGUACCCCGUACAUGGUCUCCCUGGGAAGUAUCGUACAUGGUCUCCCUGGGAGGUACCCCGUACAUGGUCUCCCUGGGAAGUAUCGUACAUGGUCUCCCUGGGAGGUACCCCUUACAUGGUCUCCCUGGGAAGUAUCGUACAUGGUCUCCCUGGGAGGUACCCCAUACAUGGUCUCCCUGGGAAGUACCCGUACAUGGUCUCCCUGGGAGGUACCCCGUACAUGGUCUCCCUGGGAAGUACCCGUAGAUGGUCUCCCUGUUAGGUACCCCGUACAUGGUCUCCCUGGCAAGUAUCGUACAUGGUCUCCCUGGGAAGUACCCGUACAUGGUCUCCCUGGGAAGUAUCGUGCAUGGUCUCCCUGGGAAGUACUGUACAUGGUCUCCCCGGGAAGUAUCGUGCAUGGUCUCCCUGGGAAGUACUGUACAUGGUCUCCCUGGGAAGUAUCGUGCAUGGUCUCCCUGGGAAGUACCGUGCAUGGUCUCCCUGGGAAGUACCGUGCAUGGUCUCCCUGGGAAGUACUGUACAUGGUCUCCCCAGGAAGUAUCGUGCAUGGUCUCCCUGGGAAGUACUGUACAUGGUCUCCCUGGGAAGUAUCGUGCAUGGUCUCCCUGGGAAGUACCCUUACAUGGUCUCCCUGGGAAGUAUCGUGCAUGGUCUCCCUGGGAAGUACUGUACAUGGUCUCCCUGGGAAGUAUCGUGCAUGGUCUCCCUGGGAAGUACUGUACAUGGUCUCCCCGGGAAGUAUCGUGCAUGGUCUCCCUGGGAAGUACUGUACAUGGUCUCCCCAGGAAGUAUCGUGCAUGGUCUCCCUGGGAAGUACUGUACAUGGUCUCCCCAGGAAAUAUCGUGCAUGGUCUCCCUGGGAAGUACUGUACAUGGUCUCCCCAGGAAGUAUCGUGCAUGGUCUCCCUGGGAAGUACUGUUCAUGGUCUCCCUGGGAAGUAUCGUGCAGGUCUCCCCAGGAAGUAUCGUGCAUGGUCUCCCUGGGAAGUACUGUACAUGGUCUCCCCAGGAAAUAUCGUGCAUGGUCUCCCUGGGAAGUACUGUACAUGGUCUCCCCAGGAAGUAUCGUGCAUGGUCUCCCUGGGAAGUACUGUUCAUGGUCUCCCUGGGAAGUAUCGUGCAGGUCUCCCCAGGAAGUAUCGUGCAUGGUCUCCCUGGGAAGUACUGUACAUGGUCUCCCCAGGAAAUAUCGUGCAUGGUCUCCCUGGGAAGUACUGUACAUGGUCUCCCCAGGAAGUAUCGUGCAUGGUCUCCCUGGGAAGUACUGUACAUGGUCUCCCCAGGAAAUAUCGUGCAUGGUCUCCCUGGGAAGUACUGUACAUGGUCUCCCCAGGAAGUAUCGUGCAUGGUCUCCCUGGGAAGUACUGUGCAUGGUCUCCCUGGGAGGUACCGUGCAUGGUCUCCCUGGGAGGUACCGUGCAUGGUCUCCCUGGGAGGUACCGUGCAUGGUCUCCCUGGGAGGUACCGUGCAUGGUCUCCCUGGGAAGUACCGUGCAUGGUCUCCCUGGGAGGUACCGUGCAUGGUCUCCCUGGGAGGUACCUUGCAUGUCUAAACACAUCAGGUGCUCUGAGCUUCAUGGGUGUGCCUUGUCCCCUCUUCAGUGCCAACAAGAGUUAUGAAACUUUGCUACAAACCAGAUUUCAUUGCCUCAGCGGAGUCGACUGUAACAUCUGUGAUGCCUGACUUCACCUGCUGCUAUACGUAUUGUUUUUCUAACUGCAAAAGGGCAAAGUCAACAACAACAACAACCAUGUUUGUUAUGGAUAUAAGAACCACAGUAUCGAAGGGAAGAUUACAUUCAUGUGUCUUUCCAAACUUUAUAAAUCCUCUGGGAUUUUUAUUUUCUCUUCCCCCAGAGUUAAUAUUGAUUGUAAAUAGUCUAAUAGUGACGUAUGGCUGCACACAGUAAACUAUAUAAUUUUUAGUAUGAUAUGUGCAUGUGUGCUGACAGUGAUACACUAAACUGCUCCAGCCUUCAGCAAGUGGCUGCGAGGCUGGCUGCAUCCAAGCUUUAAUUUAUGCAACAUUCAAUUGGUCUUUUUCCAAAGUAAGCCAUUUAGUCCGGCCGUAAUUAUAAUAUAAUAUAAUCCUAAACUCCAAAAGCAGCAGAAGCUCACUGAGCUUUGACUCGUGCAGCCAUCAUCACAACCUCAGAUUCCAGGACAAAUAAACAAAAUGGCUUUAAUUCAUUAACAACGGUUCCUCUAAGGGAUUGUCCACAUGUCCAGCAGGAGACGCCACGCACGUAAGCGGUCAUAUCUUUUGACAAAUAACAUGCAUGAGUGUUUCUGUACUGGACAUCUGAGGAUGAUGAUGUUUAAAAGGUGUGUGAUUGUUACAUUUAUUAUUCAUAAACCAGCCAGAUACCCUUUAUAGAUAAUAAACUUAGACCUGGGGAGGAUUUAAUGUCCAUCAUACAAACUUUUAUGAAUUAAUUAAAACUUACACACAGUCGCUGGGCGACACUGGGUGUUAUAUAUCCAAAUGUACAUACAUAAACGUGUGAGUGUGUGUGUGUGUGUGUGUGUGUGUGUGUGUGUGUGUGUGUGUGUGUUACCUGCAUUAUAACCUCAUUUUAACUCUAAAGUUAUUCUUUUUGACCGGUUUGAGGUGAAACGGUCAUCACUCACUAUUAUUAUCAUUUACAAUGCAGCUGAAAUAUGUCUAUGGAGAAUUUUAUGAAUAUGAAAUGAACAUUGUUAUACUUAUGAUUUUAACACAUUAUGAUUAUUCUGAUUGUUAUGAUUAUAUAUCUUAUCAUUACCAUAUUACUGCUAUUAUUAUGAUGAACUGAAGUGUAAAAUGAGCCUCUGUGUUUUUUUUGUAUGUGUGAAUAUUCAAUAAAUAGGUGUCAACAAGG